AUGCACCAUUUUGCAGGCCUAAACACAUCAUUCUACCCUGUUAUCUUCCUUAUUCUUUUCAAUGCUGCAUCAACCACUAAUCAAAUAUCUAAUUAUUUUGACGCCGGCGGCCUUGAAAUUGAAAAAAGUAACAGUAGAAAAUUAUUAUCCUACAAUGGUGAUGUUCUUGCCAUGAAUCCAUCACUUUCUAUUGAGAAUUUUAGGCUAAAGAAUGCUUACAUUGCGUUACAAGCUUGGAAAGAAGCAAUUCUCUCUGAUCCUCACAAUAUAACACAGAAUUGGGAAGGAUCUAAUGUGUGUAAUUACACUGGAGUUUUCUGUUCCCCUUCACUUGAUCAGCCUUCUGAACUUACAGUUUCUGGUAUCGAUAUCAAUCAUGGUGAUAUAGCUGGAAAACUUCCACAUGAAUUAGGUUUACUAUUUGACAUUGCAUUGAUUCAUAUAAACUCUAAUAGGUUCUGUGGUACAAUACCCGAGAGUUUCUUGAAUUUGAAGCUUCUUUUUGAGUUAGAUCUUAGUAAUAAUCGAUUCGUUGGAAAGUUUCCUGAUGUGGUUGUUCAAUUGCCUAACUUGAAGUUUCUUGAUUUGAGGUUCAAUGAGUUUGAAGGUGAACUUCCAAGGCAACUUUUUGAAAGGGAUUUAGAUGCUCUAUUCAUUAAUAACAACAGAUUUACUUUUGAGUUGCCUGAUAACUUUGGGAAUUCGCCUGUUUCUGUCAUGGUUUUGGCUAACAACAACUUUGAGGGAUGUAUGCCUGUUAGUAUAGGCAAAAUGGUUAGAUUGAAUGAAUUGCUUCUUACAAAUAAUAAUUUUCAUUCAUGUUUGCCAAAUGAGAUUGGGAUGCUGAAGAAUUUGACUGUGUUUGAUAUAAGUUAUAAUGAAAUUGUGGGAACUUUACCUGAGAGUAUUGGAGGGAUGGUGAGCUUGGAGCAGUUGAAUUUGGGUCAUAAUAUGUUGUCUGGAAAGAUUUCUAGCAACAUAUGUACACUUCCAAAAUUGGAGAAUUUUGUGUAUGAGCACAACUACUUUUCAGAAGAGAGUCCAGCUUGUCUAAACUUGAAUGCAUUUGCUGAUCAACAGAAUUGUCUUAGAGGAAGGCCAAUGCAGAGAUCUGCUUUAGAUUGCCAGAGAUUUUUGUCUAAUGAAGUUGAUUGUAGCACUUUCAAAUGUGCAUUACCACCUCCAUUACCUCCAUUACUUCCAUCACCUACCACCCCUCCACAAAACACCUGUUGUACUUGUUUGCCUCAACCACCAUCACCAAUCCCAACAUCUCCUCCACUACCACCACUGCCAUCACCAUCUCCACUACCACCUACCGAGUCGCCUUCUCCAACCCCACCAACACAAAACUCUUCUUCACCUCAGCCACCAGACUUGCCAUCACCACCACCUUCAUUGGUAGAGCCUCCACUACCUUCUCCUCUACCGUGUGCUAAUCAGACAAUACCAUCAAGUCAAGAUAUGUCACCUCCUUCACCUUGAAAGUCAUUAUCUGAGGUUACUCUUCUUGGUAUCAUCUUCAUUAUAUCACCUCAUCUUUCUCACUCGAUGGAAGUUUAAAUCAUUCCUGGGAUUACACGACAUCCGCAGAAGGAGCUGUGAAUUGAGCCUCCUAUUUUUGUAGGAUUAGCGUAGAAGAGGUGCAAGAUGAAGGUUGUAAGGUGACAAUUUGAUUGCUCUUCAAAUUGUCUAACUUCUCUACAAAUUUAUUGCUAGUACUUAAUAAAAUGUAGAGCAUGUUGCAUGAAUUGUCAGUAUAAACUAGUUUUCUCCUGAAACAACAACAUUGUAGUUAUCAUGAAAAAGGAGAGUCUCCUUUGUUCCAAACAGAGAAAUCAAGAUAGUCUCUGAGGUUACAGUACUGCUCAUUCAUUUUGAAUGCUUUCACCAGCAUUACUAUUCACUUGGUUUUGCUCUUUCAAAAUUAACGUGUUCAAUUACAAGGCCAAGACUAGAGUACUCUAGGGAGUUUGGGCAACCAUGCUAAGGCUUUACUAUAUCACAAAAUAAUGUACAUUCAUCAUUUCAAAGAUCUGGCACACCAUCACGAAGUGCUAAACACAUACUACCUCUCUCAAGCAGAGAUCUCUAACCAGAACUUUAAACAGAAUGAUCAAGUGAACUUUAAACAGAAUUUUUUGAUAAAACACUAAUAGACACCUGAUCAUAUAAGGUUACUUGGAUCUCGAGU